UCCAAAGCCGGCCACCGUUCCCGGGGAGCUGGCAGUCUGUCCCGGGGAGGCUGAGCGUCCCCGGCCGCGGUGUCCGUGUCCUCCCUUGCUCCUGCCACCCCCGGGGAGGCCCCACGGCCGGCAGUGACCUCUGUCCCCAGCCAAGGCUGGCUGCGGGUGCCCACGGCAUCACGUGGAACGGGCACAACCGGAGCCACCGGAGAACCGAGCCGGGAAGAGCCGUAGAGCCGGACGGAGGGAUGGACGGACGGAGGGACAGCAGCAGCAGCGUGUGGCUGGGAGCCCCCCUGGAGCAGUUGCCCACCCCGGCACUGACCCUGGACCAGGCGACGGUGCGGCGUAACGCGGAGCGCAUGCGGGAGCGCUGCCGGGCCCUCGGCCUCCGCCUGCGCCCCCACGUCAAAACCCACAAGACGCUAGAAGGUGCCGAACUGGCGACGGGCGGCACCCGCCGGGGUAUCGUGGUCUCCACCUUGGCCGAAGCUCGCUUCUUCGCGGCGGGGGGCUUCGAUGACAUCCUCUACGCCUACCCGCUGCCGGGGGGGCGGCUGGAGGAAUGUGCCACCCUGGCCCAGCACCUCCAAGCCUUCCAGCUCCUCCUCGACAGCCCCCAGGCUUUGGCCCUCCUGCGCCAGCGCCCGCUGCCCGCCGGCAAGCGCUGGCUCGUCUGGCUCAAGCUCGACUGCGGCAAUGGCAGGGCCGGCGUUCGGCCCACGGACCCCGGUGCCGUGUCCCUGGCCCGGGCCAUCGCCGAGGAGGCACCGGAGGAGGUGACACUGGUGGGGGUCUACGCUCACUGCGGGGACACCUAUGGCUGCCGCGAUGUCCCGGCCAUCCAAGCCAUCGCCCGGGCCACCACCGCCGCCGUGCUUGACUUCGUCACCGCGCUGCGGCGGGCAGGGGUGCCGUGCCCCCAGGCCAGCAUCGGCUCCACGCCGUCCUGCAGCCACCCGGUGCCGGAGAUGGCCCAGCUCACCGAGCUCCAUCCAGGCAAUUACCUCUUCUACGACCUUCAGCAGACCCUCCUGGGUUCCUGUCACCCGGAGGAGGUGGCCAUCCGUGUCCUCACCAGGGUCAUCGGUCACUACCCCCACCGCAACCAGCUGCUGGUGGACUGCGGGUGGGCUGCCCUCAGCCUCCACGGCCGCGAUCAGGCACCCGUGGGCUGCGCCGCCAUCGAGGGGCACCCCCAGCUUAGGCUGGUGGGGCUGACGCAGGAGCACGGGCAGGUGGAAGCCAUCGACGGACGGUUGGAUUUCGAGCGCUUCCCGUUGGGCAGCAUCCUGGCUCUCAUCCCCUUCCAUGCCUGCGCGACCGCCGCCAUGCACCCCGUCUACUACGUCCACGCCGGGGGGAAGGUGGUGGAGCUCUGGCACCCCGUCCGCGGCUGGUAGGGAGGAGAGCGGGGAGCUGCCGGGGUGCUGCGCCCACGCCGAGACCCUGCGCCCACGCCGAGACCCUGCGCCCACGCCGAAACCCUGCGCCCGUGCCGGGGUGCUGCAUCCACGCCAGGGUCCUGCACCCACUUGGAGACCCUGAACUCCCGCCGAGACCCUGCACCCAUGCUGGGCUCCCACACCCACGGUGAAGCCAUGCGCCCAUGCCAGGGUCCUGCACCCACGCCGGGGUGCUGCCCCCCGGUCCCCCCCCAUACCGGGGU